CUUCUCUCUUCUUCAAGACCUUCAACCGCGCUUUCCUUUCCCCCGCCGGCCGUCAACUCGCGCACGCGUCUCCUUCCCCUCCUCGCGUAGCUUCGCAUUACUCAAGAAAAGAAAAGAAAAAAAAAACGAAAGACUAUCUAUCGCCAAAGCCAAGAGGCGGCCGCGGCCACCAUGUCCAACCCACGCGGCGGCGGCGGCGGCGCGACAGCCCGUCUCCGGCGCACGUUCCGCUACCCGCACGACUCGGACUCGGACGCCGAGCCCGACGCCAUGGACGAGCAAGAGCAAGAAACCCUCAUCGCCAACCUCGUCGCCGAAAACACCUCCCGCAACGAGACCUUUCGCCUCGCGCUCCUCGCCCUCCCCCUGCUGUCUACCCUCCCGUACCUCAUAGCGCUCUUCCUCGCCCCCCGGCGCCAGUCCCCCCCGUCGUCCUACCCCGGUAGAGGAGAUGGCGGCGGUAGCGGCAGCAGCACGGCCUUCCUCUGCCUCCUCGGGCUCACCUCCCUCCUCGCCACCGCGUACCUCCUCCACCGCCUCCCCCCGACCGUCACUGGCAUCGCGCCCCUGGACGCUUGGUCUCGCGGAGGCGGCGUCGCCUCCUUCUCGUCCUCGUCCGCGCGUGGGCAUGGCCAUGGCUGGAGGAGCCGCGCUGGCGUGCUCGACGGCGGCGGCAGCGGUAGCGGAUCGCCCCUGGACAUGUACCUGCCAUACCUGAACCUGGUCCUCGUCGCCAUGGUGGCGCUCUUGGGCCUCGUGGCUGGGCGUGGGCCCGGGGAGUUCGGGGUGGUUGGCAUUGGCAACUUGCCCGCCCUCGUGUAUGUCGUCGUUUUGAUCGCCAAGGUCGUAAUGGGCAGCGUGGACCCGGAACGGGAGCUGUCGGCCCUCAAGUACCGGUUCAAGGGUGCCUGAGGUGCUACGAUCUUCGCGAGUCUUGCAAGGCGUUGGGGGGGGUUGGUUUUGUUCCUACGUAAAUGGCGGUCUGGCCGUGAGUGCUGCUCAUGCAUGGCAUGACGAUUCGCAACACGUACAUUAACUCUCUACUAUCAAGCCGCUGCCAUUUCAUCAUUUUGUGCUGUUGA